ACUUAUUUCCAGUUGCUACCUUUAAUAUUUAUUUGUGCAUCAAUAUGGAAGCUGCCAACAUAAUUUAAUUGUGCUUGUAUGGAGGCAAUAGAGGUAAUAAUAAGCGUGUAUUGUGCAUAUGUGUUAUGUGGAAUCAUCACGGUGGCAGAUGUUAUUGAUGUGCUUUUUAAACUCAAAUGAAACACAGCAUGUUGUUUAUUGUUGACUCUAUAUUGGCUGUUUCCAUGUGUACUUCAUGCUUUACAACAACAGGGCGCCCGGUGUGUCUGUAUUCACGCAUCGCGCCCAGCGGCUGUCACACCCACAGCUUCAGGCUGUCGGUCACACCGCCACAUCCGUGUUGUGUUUUUUAACCCGACAACCACGUGUUCUCGCGAGAGCAGCCGUCCCCACUAUGUUUACUAGCAGUGCUUAUUAGCAGCAGUCUCCCCCUACCGACGCCGCAUCACGGACCCACCGAGCCGCGGAUGUUCAGUCGCCGCUCCGCUGCUGGGAGGAGGAGGUAUCACCGACAUCUCGCCCUUUGACAGCCGACCGGAGACGCCUCUCGUGCGGCUGCAGACCUCGGACCGGCGUCGCUGUCCAAGCGAAGCAGAACCCACAUUAAGAGAAUCGGGCAGCACGCCGCGGGCUCAGAGCUGAGGGGAAGCAGAGCAGACCCAGCCCUGUCUGAUCGGAGAGGGAGUCACGACCAUAGCGACCGCUUUCGGGUUCCGUCAUGCAGACCUCCGUCCUCCUCCUCCUCCUGUCCCAAAUCCUCCUCCUGUCCCUUCUCGCCCCCACCUGCUCCUCCCAGAGCGAGCCGGACCUCACUGUUCAGACGCGCGCCGGUCGAGUCCGAGGCAUCCGCAUGCCGGUGCCGGACCGAAGCUACGUCACCGCCUUCCUGGGCAUCCCCUUCGGCGAGCCGCCGGUAGGAAAGCGGCGUUUCCGCCCCGCCGAGCCCAAGCGCGGGUGGUCGGGGGUGUACGAGGCCAACGCCUACCCCAACGCCUGCUACCAGUUCGUGGACACGUCGUUCCCCGGCUUCCAGGGCAGCGAGAUGUGGAACCCCAACAGAGAGAUGAACGAGGACUGCCUGUACCUCAAUGUCUGGGUGCCCUCCUCGCCCAGGCCGCACAGUCUCACAGUCAUGGUGUGGAUCUACGGCGGAGGGUUCUACAGUGGCUCCUCUUCUCUGGACGUGUACGAUGGCCGCUACCUCGCUCACAGCGAGACGGUCAUUGUGGUCUCCAUGAACUACCGGAUCGGUGCCUUCGGCUUCCUGGCUCUGCACGGCUCCUCUGAGGCUCCCGGCAACGUGGGUCUGCUGGACCAGAGGAUGGCGCUGCAGUGGGUCCAGGACAACAUCCACUCCUUUGGCGGAAACCCCAAACAGGUGACUAUCUUUGGCGAGAGUGCCGGUGGCGCUUCGGUGGGGUUCCACAUCUUGUCUCCAGACAGUCGGCCCACCUUCACUAGGGCCAUCUUGCAGAGCGGGGUCCCCAACUGCCCCUGGUCCUCCGUCAGCCCCGCCGAGGCGCGCAGACGGGCCACGCUGCUGGGCAAACUGGUCGGCUGCACCGGAUGCAACGACACCGAGAUGGUGGACUGUCUGCGCGGUAAAAGCCCCCAGGAGCUCAUCGACCAGGAGUGGCAGGUCCUGCCAUUGUCGGCCCUCUUCCGGUUUUCCUUCGUCCCCGUCGUGGACGGAGACGUUCUGCCCGACAACCCCGAGGCCAUGCUCAGCUCAGGCAACUUCAAAGACACUCAGAUCCUGCUCGGGGUCAACCAGGACGAGGGCUCCUACUUCCUGCUGUACGGCGCCCCGGGCUUCAGCAAGGACAACGAGAGCCUGAUCUCCAGAGAGGACUUCCUGGAAGGUGUGAAGCUGAGCGUGCCGCACGCUAACGACAUUGGCCUGGAGGCGGUGGUGCUGCAGUACACCGACUGGAUGGACGAGAACAACGGGGUGAAGAACCGCGACGCCAUGGACGACGUCGUGGGCGACCACAAUGUCAUCUGCCCGCUGGCCCACUUCGCUCGCUCCUACGCGCAGCACAGCGCCCUGAAGGCCAACUCGCAAGGAGCCGUCUUCCUCUACCUCUUCGACCACCGGGCAUCCAACCUGGCCUGGCCGGAGUGGAUGGGCGUGAUCCACGGCUACGAGAUCGAGUUUGUGUUCGGCCUCCCGCUGGAGAAGAGACUCAACUACACCCUGGAGGAGGAGAAGCUGAGCAAACGCAUGAUGAGAUUCUGGGCCAACUUUGCACGAACUGGAAAUCCCAACGUGAACAAUGACGGGACGGCGGACAACAAGAGGCGCUGGCCUCAGUUCACCGUCAGCGAGCAGAAGCACGUCGGGCUCAAUACCGAACCACUGAAGGUCCACAAAGGUCUGAGGAACCAGAUGUGCGCGUUCUGGAACCGCUUCCUGCCACGCCUCCUCAACAUCACUGACAACAUAGACGAGGCGGAGCGCCAGUGGAAGGUGGAGUUCCACCGCUGGUCCUCCUACAUGAUGCACUGGAAGAGUCAGUUUGACCACUACAGCAAGCAGGAGCGCUGCACCGACCUCUAAGGGAAGAGGGGAUGAGGAGAUGAGGAGACAACACCACGUGGCCAUCUUCCUCCACAGCCCUCCACCAAGUCUAACUUCAGUCAAACUUUGUUUUUAUUUUUUAUUUUUUUGUUCUCCGUUUCAGUCCACACACAAACACUGGCACUGUUCAUCUUUUCAGUUGUGUUAUUUAUACUAUUUAUUUAUAUUUGUUGUGUGUGUGUGUGUGCGUGUGUGUGUGUCUCUGAUGAAGUGAAGAAGGGCUGUGGAGGAACAUCGUCAUCGAUAUGGAGGAAUAUUAGAAAUGUCAAAGACGUUGUCAUUACCUCGUGUGUGUGUGUGUGUGUGUGUGUCUGUUUGUGUUUGUGACUCAAAUCUCACUGCACCGCUGCUGGUUAACUGUUGACUUCUCUUUGUGUCUCAUAAACACAUCUUUUGUUUUCUGGACGAUUCCUUUCUUUCUGACAUAUCAGGGUUUUUUAGUGGGGGACAUUUUAGUCUUGUUCAUCACUUCUUCAUCUCUUGUUCAUCACUUCUUCGUCUCUUGUUCAUCACUUCUUCAUCUCUUGUUCAUCACUUCUUCAUCACUUGUUCAUCUCAUGUUCAUCACUUCUUCAUCUCUUGUUCAUCACUUCUUCAUCACUUGUUCAUCUUGUGUGUGUUGUGUGUGUGUGUGUGUGUGUGUGUAUUGGAACACCACUCCAUGCCAGUUGACUUCAGGUGUUUAACAUCCGUCACAUUUCAAGGUUCUCUUUGAAUCAGCUCGACGUGAAACAGAACAAGUUGUGUUGUUGUUGUUGUUUUCGUUGCUUUGUCGUAUUGUCGUGCCAGACGGUGUCUCAGCCUAUCAGCAGCGAGCAGAGGAACUGAACAUGUUUACAGUACUCAGAAUGGGUUUUAAUGUCAAAGUGUGAUAACGGGUUGCUGCCCUCCAGUGUAACUGGCUGAACAGCGGCCCCUGUGGUCGGAAGGGGAACUGCGGGAUAAUCAUGAAUGGAGUGAACCGAUCGUAAAGCACUGAAGAUGGGAUUUUGGGGCGAUAGAAAAUACAUAGAAUUUAAUUUAAAGAAACGUAUACCAGUGGUUCCCAAACCUUUGUCUUUUUUUUUUCAUAAUGUAAAAUUGCAUUUGAUGCAACAGUUUAUUGUUUGUGACGGUUCACCAUUGCAUUGAAAAUAGAAAUAUUGAAUAUCAAAUGGGAUUUAUUAUUUAGGAAUUAUGCCCUGACUGAUAUUGUUUUAAUUUUUUAUUUAUUUUUUUAAAGUCCUCUCAUUGCCCCUGCUGUUCUCCAACGUACCCCUAGGGGGUACUAGAACCCCUCUUUGAGAACCGCACCGGUACACUACAGCUUGCGCUAGCACAAGCUGUAGUGUACCUGCAGCUUGUGCUAGCGCAGCGAUGUACUGAGCAUAUAUAUAUAUAUAUAUAUAUAUAUAUAUGUGUGUGUACUGAGCCUGUGUGGAACAUGUUUGGGAGAAUAACCGAAGCUUGAGAAGAUUAUGAAUCAUCAAAAUGAUCUUGGCUCUCAAAUCUGAAGAGAUUAAUUUAAAGAAUUGAGUGUAUAUAUAUAUAUAUAUAUAUAUAUAUAUUUGUGUGUGUCCUCUGCCUUUCUGUUGACUUAGUGUCGUGUGCAGCUGUGAUGAUGUCAUCAGCAUCUCCCUUCUCCCCUCCUCCCCUCAUCCUCUCUGCCGGUUACCUUUCCACUUCUUUUUCUACGUGUGUCCUUCGUCUCCCUCCCUUCUUAUCCUUCCUCUCCCUUUCCCUCAUUUCAUUUGUUGUUGUUGUUCGACCUCCUGCCCACCACUCUGCCCCCCCCCUCCCUCCCUCCAUCACUGCUCCCACUGCCCUCCUUUCCGCCCUCUCGGUCUUCCUCCUCUUUCCUCUUCAUCUCAUCAUCCUCCACCCGCCCUCCGGUCUCUCCUACUCCCUUGCUUCCAUCCUUCACUCCCUCCUCCCACCUCUCCCACUCUUUCUUCAUACCCACUCUUGUAUCUUUCUUCUUCCACCUCAUCAAACUUCCCCCCCCCCCCCCCCUCUCCAUCAUCUCUCCUCCUUUCCUC